AUGAUGCGAUGCAUGAAUGUUGAACUUGCUGACUCGAUAAGCAAAAGAGGAAUAUUCAGCGUGCAGCAACUAUUGUAUCUCCCCAAGGCAACUUUGCAGACCAUGAUUGGAAAAUUUCCUGCUUCAAAAUUGUAUCAGGAUCUGCACCCUUUUCCACGCAUCGAACUGAAAUUAAAACUUCAGCGGAAAGUCUCGCUCUUUAGACAUCACACUGGUGAACACCAAUUUCAGGCAAGAAAGUGGAACACCUCAACAUGGGAAUUAUAUGCUCUCAUAAGAGAGUAUCUUUCUCUGAUCACUUGGUUAUUCACAUGGAGUUACCAUCAGCUAUGGACAAGAAAAUGGAAGGCGGCUGAAGAUAAAGCAAGGGCUACACUGUUUGGAUAUUAUGGUCUUAAUUUUGCUGUGCAUACAUUUCCUCCUAUUGCUUUGGCUAUUAUUGGAUCAUUCUACUUGAAUUUGAAGCCAAGGGAGUCAAUAAGAAGAAAAGGUAGGAAAUUGACUGCUGGCUUCACAAAUCCAUUGGUAGUGAACACCCUUCUGGGUGUUUUGUCCACUCUAGAAAUACUAGCAGUCUUCCUCUUUAUCCUGUUCUUAGCUUGGAAUUUUUAUGCACGCAUCUCAAAUGAUUUCAAGAACUUGAAGCCUGCUAAAUCACUAAUGCUGAAUUCGUGA